GAAUAAAAAAGGAUCGAAAGUUUUUUCGUCGCUUCCUGGCAUUGCGAAGUGGAAAAUUAUCCCAAAAUCGGAUUGCAAACCUUUCCUCACCUUUUGGAUUCAUAGAACGCCACAAAAUUUGUUAAUUCAAUCAAAUCACUGGUCAAAGACCUUGAGGAUUGUUUUUUUUUUUAGGAGUAAACGGCGAACAGCACCAAUAGGAUGAGUUUCUUCGGAAAACUGUUCUCCGGGAAGAAGGGCGAACCAGCCCCGACGCCGAGCGAGGCCAUUCAAAAGCUUAGGGAUAUAGAGAAUAUGCUGACCAAGAAACAGGAGUUCCUGGAGAAAAAGAUUGAAGUCGAACUGGACACUGCCCGGAAAAAUGGAACCAAGAACAAGCGCGCUGCGCUCCAGGCUCUCAAGCGGAAGAAGCGAUACGAAAAACAGCUGACUCAAAUCGAUGGCACCCUGUCCACAAUUGAGAUGCAGCGGGAGGCUUUGGAGAAUGCCAAUACCAACACAGCCGUCUUGACCACAAUGAAGAAGGCCUCGGAUGCACUGAAGGCUGCCCACAAAGAUAUGAACAUCGACGACGUUCACGAUAUGAUGGACGACAUUGCCGAACAGAAUGACAUCGCGAACGAAAUCUCCAAUGCCGUUUCGACGGCGGUCGGAUUCGGCCAGGACAUCGACGAUGAUGAGCUGGAGAAGGAGCUCGAGGAACUGGAACAGGAAGAAUUGGACAAGGAACUGCUCGGAGUGCAGCCGGAGACGGAUCAGCUGCCGGAAGUGCCAUCGACCGACCUGCCGGCCAAGGCGAAAGAAAAGAAAAAGGCUGUCGCAGAGGAUGAUGACGAUCCAGACAUGAAGGAACUGAUGUCGUGGGCUAAUUAAAGCGGGAAAUUUCACCGGUUCGUUCCCACAGGGGCUACACAAUAUCCAUGCAUAUAACUAACUACACGUUUAGAAAUACUGACCGGCUAGCUUCUAUUCAAUGCACUUAAUACCUAUACAUAAAAAGGAGAUCGAACGGGCCAAUGGCAUACUAAACCAUCCAACCGGUGCACUACAUCUAGCCGAGUUUCGUCGUACUGCGGAAAACGAACAGGAUUGACCCAGAUUGAGAUUGAAGACUACUGAACCGUAUUGUCUGUGUAAACCACACCUGUGAACACUGUUGAUAUCGUUUUCCUUAGAAAGCCCAAAGAAUGAUUUGCGUUCUUUAAAAAAAAAAACAUGUAAACUACCUUAUUUAUAUUAUUUCUCGUGCAAAGAUGAAUGUUUGUUUAUCAACAGCUUAUUGCUUUUGUUUAAAUGUCGGAAGAAAAGUUUCUCGUAAAUUGCAUAUUAGUACAUGAAGUCUUUUAAUUGAACUGUGGUACGGGAGUAGGCAGAAUAGUUGCUGCUGCGUUGUCCGUGUCAGCACGUGCUCGCUUUACAAGAUAGGAUGUAUGAAAUUUUGAGUUCCAGGUCGGACACAUUGAUAGAGAAUUGCGGUGAAUUUGAAAAUAUAUUUUCUUACGUUAAGUAAGUUACACUAAUA